AUGUUGGUUGAUCUAUCUAUCUAUCUAUCUAUCUAUCUAUCUAUCUAUCUAUCUAUCUAUCUAUCUAUCUCAAUACGGGCAUAUUAUAAUCGAACUCUGGGUGUGAGUGCAGUGUUCUGUAAGCAAAGUUCUACAGUAUGGGAUUACAUAUACUCGUAUGAUCUAUCUAUCUAUCUAUCUAUCUAUCUAUCUAUCUAUCUAUCUAUCUAUCUCUCUCUCUCUCUAUAUAUAUAUAUAUAUAUAGUCUAUUCAUAUCUAUUUAUCUACCUGUCGCUAUCUAUCUAUCUAUCUAUCUAUCUAUCUAUCUUAUAUAUAUAUGAUGCAAAGUUUAUCUAUCUCUAUUUUUGCUUGAGGCCUACCCUCGACAAGCAGGCACGGCCACACUCAUCACACGAUACAUACAUAUAUGCUUGCAUAUCUAUCUAUCUAUCUAUCUAUCUGGUUGGCCAAAAAGUACGUUCGGUCUUUGUCGAGACCAAAGUUCAAGUACUCUAA